AUGGAAUCACAGACUGAUUACACAAAUUAUAUUAUUUACAAUCCAGAAGGUAAAAUAAAACAAUUAGAGUAUAUUAAUAAUACUGUACAAUUAGGAUCUACUGUAGUAGCUUUAAAAAAUAGUAAAGUGGGCGUAUUUGUUACACAUAAUGAAAAAAGGUCUAAAUUUGCUAAACAACAAAAGAAAAUAUUUCAAAUUGAUGAUAAGUCCUUAUUUUCAUUCAGUGGAAUUACAAAUGAUGGUACUAAAAUAGUUAAAUAUCUUAAGAAUAAUACUGUGUAUGAGAAUAUUAGAAAAGGUAGAAAUAUACAUCCUAUACAUGUAUUUGAUGAUUUGUGUCUUGAUGCUUGUUUUAGGACAUUGGUUAAUGGUAAAAGACUUUACGGUGUACAGGGAUUAUUACUUACUGACUAUGAUGGAAUAAGUCUUGUUUUAUUUGAUCCUAAAGGAUCUGCAAAGGAAGUUUGUGGAAUGAGUAUAGGAAAUAGGUCUCAGUCUUGUAGAACGAUUUUGGAAGAUACUUGUGAAACAUUUGAAGAAUUGAAUGUAGAACAAUUAGUAGAUUUAGGAAUAAAAUCUAUAAAAAAUGCCUUUCCAGAACCUGGUGCAUUAAAUAGUGAUAAUGUUGAUAUUUGGGUACUAGAGACGUCUUGUGGUAUCAGGCACAUAAAUUCUGAGAAUUAUUUUUAA